AUGGCUAGAAAGAGAAAAGCUGGUCAUGAUGCAGUGGAAGACAAAAGUUCUAGUGAGGGAACCAUGGCUUGGGAAGAGAUGGUGAAGGAAGCUGCUGCAGCCGCAGCUCUAGGUGGUUCUGCAAGAGCCCGGAAGCGAUUUGUUGGUGUCAGGCAAAGGCCAUCCGGUCGGUGGGUCGCGGAGAUUAAAGACACCAUACAAAAGAUAAGAGUGUGGUUAGGCACUUUCGAUACAGCUGAGGAAGCAGCCCGGGCGUACGAUGAGGCUGCUUGCUUGCUACGUGGUUCCAACACUAGGACAAACUUCUGGCCUUGUUCCUCCUCAUCAUCUUCAUCCCCUGCUCUUCCCUCAAAGAUCACGAAUCUUCUCCUCCAAAGGCUCAAAGCAAGAAAUGACACUUGCGCUGCUUCACCCAUUUCUUCCCCGCCAAUCAGCCAGCAAGAAAAUAAACAAGCAGAAGUAUACAGAGAAGAAGAGACGGAUAUCUUAGAUACCUCGUUCACGCAUUACCUUAACGAUCCUGAAGAUUUCACCGACUGCAACAACAUCGUAACGAGUACUAGUACAACUGCUAGUCCUGAUUAUAUGACCACGAGUUUUGAAUCCUCUAUAACUGAAAAAGAAGACUGUGGAGGGAGGGAAAUGGGCUUCGAUUACAAUUGGAGUAUUAAUGCAGCACAGACCUCUAGUGGUACUGAGGGUAAUUUUGGAGGGGAAGGAGAGGAAGAUGGAGAAGAAGCAACCACUGAUGUAGGAACCAUGGAUUUCCAAUUUCUGGAUGCUGUUGGGACCUGUUUCUAUUCUCCAUUUGAGAUUGCUGAAGAGAUUAAUGCGGAACCAGUUGAACCAGAGAACUGCACUGACGAGCCAUCAAUGCUUAGAGCAGCCAUGAAGAGGAUGAAAUAUGAAAGGAAGUUCUCAGCUUCUCUCUACGCCUUCAAUGGGAUACCUGAGUGCUUGAAGUUGAAGCUCAGAUCAGGAAAUUUAAAUGUGAAAGGAAGAGGAAUCUCUGACCAACUAAGCCACCUACAAGAGGCAUGUCACAACAAAAUGGAGAAGAAUGCUGAAGUAUUUGAGGAAAUGAUGGGGAAGAGGGAGGAUAUCCCACAAAGUUCAGUUGAAAUGGGGUCGUCUUCUUCGAACAACGAUGGUGAAUUGUCACUUUGGAGCUCUCUGGAUCUUCCACCCAUCUGCUUUGUUAACUAA